AUGAUGGCUUGUUGCUUGAGAAAGAAACGGUGCAUGAAAGCAAAGCUCUCAAGGAAGUCAUGGAAGUCGAAGAAGAAAGAGACAUCUCCUUCUGGUAAGUGGGCACCAGAAGAUGACGACGAUGAAGGCAAAAUCGUCUUCUUUGGAGGAAAUAACUACACGUUUGAUUUGGACGACUUGUUAGCUGCAUCUGCAGAAAUUUUGGGGAAAGGUGCUUCUGGUUCAACCUACAAAGUAGCCGUGGAGGACACAGCCACGGUGGUCGUGAAGAGACUGGAAGAAGUGGUUGCGGGAAGAAGAGAGUUUGAGCAAACAAUGGAGAUCGCUGGUCGGGUCAGGCAUGAUAAUGUGGCCGAGCUUAAAGCUUACUACUAUUCCAAGAACGAGAAGCUCGCUGUUUACAGCUACUACAGUAAUGGAAACCUAUUCGAGAUGUUGCACGGAAACAAAGGAGAGAAGCGAGUACCUUUAGAUUGGGAGUCUCGAUUGAGAAUCGCCAUUGGUGCAGCAAGAGGUUUGGCUAUAAUCCACGAAGCAGAUGACAGGAAGUUUGUCCAUGGGAACAUCAAAUCUUACAACAUCUUCAUCGACUCACAACGCAAUGGCUGCAUCUGCGAUCUCGGCUUGACACCGAUCAUGAGAUCUCUCCCUCAGGCAACCAUUCGUUCUUCAGGUUAUCACGCUCCUGAAGUAACAGACACAAGAAAGUGCACACAGUUUUCUGACGUAUACAGCUUCGGGGUGGUGUUGCUGGAGCUUCUAACAGGGAAAUCACCAGCGACUCCGCUAUCAUCACGAGACGAGAACAUGGACUUGGCGAGCUGGAUAAGGUCGGUAGUGUCGAAAGAGUGGACCGGAGAGGUGUUCGACAUAGAGCUUAUGAAGCAAAUGGGUAUAGAGGAAGAGAUGGUUGAGAUGUUGAAAAUAGGCUUGGCUUGUGUUGCCUUGAAGCCUCAGGAUCGACCUCAUAUAGCAGAUGUUGUGAGAAUGAUGCAAGACAUUCGAACAUUUGAUGCAGAGUGA